AUGACCGCCGCCAGACUUCUCGACUCGAAGACUCAUCUCAUUCCAGGAAAGCUCGCCGUGAAUGAGUUGUUCUUCGAAGUCCCUAAAGACUAUUCAAACCCAGAUCGGGGUACCAUUCAACUGUUCGCCCGGUCAGUCUCGAGAUAUGAGAAACCAGCAGCAAUCGUAUCCGAGGAAGAGCGGCGGAAGAAGGCCAUGAAACCAUGGUUUGUAUUUCUUCAAGGAGGACCUGGCUUUCAAUGUUCUCCCCCUCAGAAUACGCCUAUGACCAAUACCGUUCUCGACAAAGGAUAUCAGAUGCUUUAUCUUGAUCAGAGAGGGACCGGCUUAAGCACUCCAAUAUCAGCGGCGACGCUUGCUCUCCAGGGCGAUCCCCACAGGCAAGCUGACUAUUUGAAGCUCUUCCGUGCCGACAAUAUUGUGAAAGAUUGUGAGGCUAUACGAAAAACACUUACCGAAGACUAUCCCACCGACCUGAAGAAAUGGUCUGUCUUUGGACAAUCGUUUGGUGGUUUCUGCGUUCUCACAUACCUAUCCAAAUACCCCAAUGGUCUCCGAGAAGCCUUUACUUCAGGAGGUCUAGCGCCAAUUGGCCAGUCACCCGAAGCAGUCUACAGGGCCACGUUCAAGAAAGUGGCCGAAAGGAAUAAAGCGUAUUACAAGAAGUUUCCCGAAGAUGUCGACGCGGUCCACGGUCUAGCGUUUCAUAUUAAAAGUAAAGGAGGCGUGAAACUUCCGUCUGGCGGCAUUCUCACUGUACGGGGCUUUUUGACACUAGGUAGAGGUUUUGGAGCUCAUGGAGGACUAGACUCCGUGCAUGACUUGGUGCUCAGGAUGAAGACCGAUUUGGAGCAAUUCCAAUUCAUCACUAGGCCUACACUCUCAGCACUUGAAAGUGCACUUAGCUUCGACGAUAACGUUCUAUAUGCCAUUAUCCACGAAGCAGUCUAUUGUGAAAAUGAGGCGAGCAACUGGGCUGCCGAUAAGGUGGGAAAGACUCUCAGAGAGUUCCAAUGGCUUUCUCAGUCGCCACAAUCCCCAUCAUCCGUUCGUGAGGCACCCCUGUUUUUCUCUGGAGAGAUGAUCUACCCGUUCCUAUUCGACAUAUUCCCUGAAUUGGAGAGGAUGGCACCAGUGGCAGAUAUCAUUGCCAGAUAUUCUGGCUGGGGACAACUGUACGACACAUGGCAGUUGGCUCGUAACGAAGUCCCGUUGUACUCAGCAACGUUCAUCGAUGACAUGUAUGUUGACUUUGGUUUCGCGCAAGAGACAGCCAGACUGGUAAAAAACUGCAAACAACACAUCACCAACUCCAUGUACCACGAUGCAAUCCGCAGCAAAACCGACGGUGUGAUGAAGGAACUUUUCGCUCUUCGAGAUGACUCAAUAGACUAG